AUGUGGCGUAAUCUCUUAACUAGUCAGAUGACUAUUGAUCCUAUGAAAACAAGCAAGGUAAGAUGGAGGUGUCGUAUCCAUCUGGAAAGCUUGAGCAACUUUGUGAAUACUUGGAAGGCCAAUACUGUCCCAACGGGGUAUCUAUCAGUUGUACUGUUCUCUGCUGGCUAA